AUGAGGCAGCAGUCUCUCUUUAGUGCCGCCUUCAUGGCAGGCAUCGUGUCGGCUUACACCGAUAUCCGCCACAAGAGGUUCAUGUUGAAGAACAUUGACCCAAUCGUCUUCCCAGGAGAAUACAUCUCGCACAUGCACUCCUUUUACGGAUCCGACGCUGUCACCAAGGACAUGCCGACAACUGAAGAGCUACAAAAGGGGUGUCCAUCGGGCGAGAACCCCAACGACCUCUCCGUGUACUGGACCCCCACCCUCUACGUCGUCAAGAACGACGAGUAUCACGAAGUCAACCCAAUGAUGUUCAGCACCUACUACGAAAACAUCGACAAGGCCGAGAUCCCCUUCCCCAAGGACUUCUUCGCCGUGGCCGGCAACGCCACCGCCAAGACCCAGGCCGACGUGGACGAGAACAUCAACGGCCUCACAUGGUGGUGCGACGCCGGCCCAGAAGACAGGCAAACCCGCGACCGAGGCACCUUUCCCCGCGUCACCUGCGCCGCGCACAUCCAGGCCAUCCUGCGAUUCCCGACUGCGUCGAUCCGGGCGACAUCACCUCGUACGGAUACGCCGCGGCGUACGGCGGAAAUGCCCUGCCAACAUGAAGCGCAUGCCUCAGCUCCGCUUCUCCAUCCGAUACGACGUUCGAAGUCUCAUCCCCGAGGGCUGGAAUGGACCUCCCCGCUGAAGCUGGCCUGUGGCCCGGUGGGAGAUGGGUACUGCAUGCACGGUGACUUUGUCAAUGGCUGGUUUGACGACGCACAGCAAAACUUGCUCAAAGCCACGGAUCGGAGGAACUGGAUGAGAAUUGACGGGGCGAAGGGUCAAGGUAAGGCGGGCAGCGCGUGCCAGGCCAAGGAUGCUGAUCCCGAGAACGGGACCGGUGAUUACAAGAAGAGCCUAGACAUGAUGGGCAUGUCGUCAUGA